AUGUUAAAGACAGUUCUGAAAUAUGGCUGUGAGACCUGGACACUAACCAGCUGCCUAGAAAAAAAUAUUGGAAGAUUUGAGAGAAACAUUCUUCGCACGGUAAUAGGAGCGAUUUGGGAUCAGAGUGCUCAUGGAGAAGAAGAAGAUACGGAGGAGGGUGGCAAGAAAACAUUGCGUAGCUCAGCUUACAAUAAACAUUUGCACCUUUUCUUUUAACAAUGGUAGGAUCUUCCAGUAUCUGAUGAUGCCGGCUAACUUCAAAUAUAUUAGAGUGUUAAUGCAGAUUCAUCUCUCGGAACAAUAAAAUAUAAAAAUCAAUCCACAACUUAAGUGCAAACUGCAAAACACCAUGAAAAUAGAGACAUAAAUAUUAUACAAAUGCCCAACAUAUAACUAUUUGA